GUUGUUGCCAUAGUGACGACAGUACGCUGUUGCAGGUUUCGUGAAAACCUUAAAAACAACGAAAGAUUUUUUUCUUAUAAAACUCGCGCUUUAUUAGCAGGAAAUAUAAGCAGAUCAUUUAGAGCUGUUUUAACUGACUGAGAUCUGAUGAAGUUUAAACAGAAAGGAUCAGUGUUGCCAGGCUGACUUACAGGUGAAGAUGAACACAGCAGCUGGGUUUCUCCCUGAAAUUAAUAGCAACAAAAGCAAUCAGGAGAGGAGCAAUUGCUACAGCAGGAUGAAGCAGGUGAAGGAGUCCCUCCGAGCCAGACUGGCACCGGCUCAUCCAGCCGAGACUCUGAGCAGUAAAGACAUCGCUCUGUUCAGAAACAGCCCGAAGCAGAGCAUCUGCGUGCAGCUGCUGCAGGAAGGCUUCCACAGGUCGUUCUCUGAGCUCUUUUCUCUGCUGAGCUCUGAUCAGGGAACGGCUGAACCAGGGUCAGUCAGACUUCAGGCUCCUCUGGUGGAGCAAACACAGAAAAUGGAGACCAUCAGCCUGCACCUGAGCCGGGCCGAGGAGGCUGAAAGGACCGGUGUCUGGUCCACAGUCUGUGAGCAGCGUCUCCUUUUGGGUCGGUACUUCUCGGCCCCCGAGGACCUCUGGCUCCGCUUCUACUUCUACCACAGCUGUGCUGACAGAGAGAAAGGGGGGAUCUCCAGAGCGGCCACCGAGGCCCGGGCCUGCCUGGCUGAGCUCUACCUGGGUCAAGGUGAUCUGGAGAAGGCGAAGCAGCAGGGCGAGCGCUGCCUCCAACAGGCAGAGGAUGGCGGCUGGCUGGACUCAGAUGGUGGAUCCCUGAAGCUCCGGGCCUGCCGGGAUCUGUGGAGGAUCUACAGAGAGCUCGCGGAGGCUCCGCUGGCCGCCAGAGAUUAUGAGAAGACCCUGACGCUGCUGCACAAAGGCUACAGCAGAGCCACAGAGUCUGAAGACAAAGCGCUGGAAGGAGAGGCAGCGUUCCAAGUAGGCCUGGCCUAUCAGGGAGCAGAAGAGCAUGGCUCAGCCCAAAAGUUCUUUAACACCAGCAUGGAGAUCUUCAAGAGCCUGAAUGACACAGACAGACUGGUGAAGGCCUACAACGCUUUUGCCACGUCUCUAAAGAGUGAGGGAAACGUUAACGAGGCAGUCGAGUGUCUGGAGAAGUUAGCUGCCGUCUCUCGCAGCAGCGGGCUGCAGCACAGACUGGUCGACAUCUUCCUGUGUUUGGGAAACAUCCAUCACAGCAAGAGUCAGUAUACAAGAGCUGCUGAGUACUACCAGCAGGGCUAUGAGGUGGCCUGCAGCACAGAAGAUGUUGCUCAGCUGCAGAGAGCGCAGGUGUUGGUGGCCUCUGCUCGCGCUUACGCCACAAUUGGAAAAUACAGCGCAGACCUGAAGUCGUCUUCACCCGCCGCCCUGCAUCGGCUGCUCGCCUGGAGGGUGAGACGAGGACGUGAGGACCUCAACGCAGACUCUGAGGAGUAUUACUCUCCUGCAUCAUUUAAUGAUAUGAUGAAGAAAUGAGCAGAUUUACUCAUUAGCAUUUAUGUAAAAGCUCCGAAGAAGAAACGCUGGAGUUCCAGGAACUUCGGUCCCGGCUGCUGUGACAGUGGGGGGCCGGCGGGGAGAGCCGGGGAACCGCCGGCGAGCUGAAACAUGGGCCUCCUGGCGAGG